AUGGCUCUGAUCAUGGAACCCGUGAGCAAAUGGUCUCCGAGUCAAGUAGUGGACUGGAUGAAAGGUCUUGAUGACUGUUUGCAGCAGUAUAUUAAGAAUUUUGAGAGGGAGAAGAUCAGUGGAGACCAGCUGCUGCGCAUUACGCAUCAGGAGCUAGAAGAUCUGGGGGUCAGCCGCAUUGGCCAUCAGGAAUUGAUCUUGGAAGCAGUUGACCUUCUGUGUGCACUGAAUUAUGGCUUGGAAACAGAAAAUCUAAAAACCCUUUCUCACAAGCUGAAUGCAUCUGCCAAAAAUCUACAGAAUUUUAUAACAGGAAGGAGAAGGAGUGGCCAUUAUGAUGGGAGAACCAGCCGAAAAUUGCCAAAUGACUUUCUCACUUCAGUUGUGGAUCUGAUAGGAGCAGCCAAGAGUCUGCUUGCCUGGUUGGACAGGUCACCAUUUGCUGCUGUCACAGACUAUUCAGUUACAAGGAAUAAUGUCAUACAGCUCUGCUUGGAAUUGACAACAAUUGUGCAACAGGAUUGUACUGUGUAUGAAACAGAGAAUAAAAUUCUUCAUGUGUGUAAAACUCUUUCUGGAGUCUGUGACCACAUCAUAUCCCUGUCAUCGGAUCCUCUGGUUUCACAGUCUGCACACCUAGAAGUGAUUCAGCUGGCAAACAUCAAACCAAGUGAAGGGCUGGGUAUGUAUAUUAAAUCAACAUAUGAUGGCCUCCAUGUAAUUACUGGAACUACAGAAAAUUCACCUGCAGAUCGGUGCAAGAAAAUCCAUGCUGGCGAUGAAGUGAUUCAAGUUAAUCAUCAGACUGUGGUGGGGUGGCAGUUGAAAAAUUUGGUGAAUGCACUACGAGAGGACCCGAGUGGUGUUAUCUUAACUUUGAAAAAGCGACCUCAGAGCAUGCUUACCUCAGCACCAGCUUUACUGAAAAAUAUGAGAUGGAAGCCCCUUGCUCUGCAGCCUCUUAUACCUAGAAGUCCCACAAGCAGCGUUGCCACGCCUUCCAGCACCAUCAGUACACCAACCAAAAGAGACAGUUCUGCUCUCCAGGAUCUCUACAUCCCCCCUCCUCCUGCAGAACCAUAUAUUCCCAGGGAUGAAAAAGGAAACCUUCCUUGUGAAGACCUCAGAGGACAUAUGGUUGGCAAGCCAGUGCAUAAGGGAUCUGAAUCACCAAAUUCGUUUCUGGAUCAGGAAUAUAGAAAGAGGUUUAAUAUUGUUGAGGAAGAUACUGUCUUGUAUUGCUAUGAAUAUGAAAAAGGAAGAUCAAGUAGUCAAGGAAGACGAGAAAGCACCCCGACUUAUGGCAAGCUACGACCUAUAUCUAUGCCAGUGGAAUAUAAUUGGGUGGGGGACUAUGAAGAUCCAAAUAAGAUGAAGAGAGAUAGUAGAAGAGAAAACUCCCUACUCCGAUAUAUGAGCAAUGAAAAAAUUGCUCAAGAAGAAUACAUGUUCCAGAGAAACAGCAAAAAAGACACAGGGAAGAAGUCUAAAAAGAAGAGUGAUAAGAGUAAUAGCCCGACUCACUAUUCAUUGCUACCUAGUUUGCAAAUGGAUGCACUGAGACAGGACAUCAUGGGCACGCCUGUGCCAGAGACCACACUAUACCAUACAUUUCAGCAGUCCUCACUGCAGCACAAAUCAAAGAAGAAAAACAAAGGUCCUAUAGCUGGCAAGAGCAAAAGACGAAUUUCUUGCAAAGAUCUUGGCCGGGGUGACUGUGAAGGUUGGCUUUGGAAAAAGAAAGAUGCAAAGAGUUAUUUUUCACAGAAAUGGAAGAAAUAUUGGUUUGUCCUAAAGGAUGCAUCCCUAUAUUGGUAUAUUAAUGAGGAGGAUGAAAAAGCAGAAGGAUUCAUCAGUCUGCCUGAAUUUAAAAUCGAUAGAGCCAGUGAAUGCCGCAAGAAAUAUGCAUUCAAAGCCUGUCAUCCUAAAAUCAAAAGCUUUUAUUUUGCUGCUGAGCAUCUUGAUGAUAUGAACAGGUGGCUUAACAGAAUCAAUAUGCUAACUGCGGGAUAUGCAGAAAGAGAGAGGAUUAAGCAAGAACAAGAUUACUGGAGUGAGAGUGACAAGGAAGAAGCAGACACUCCAUCAACACCCAAACAGGACAGCCCUCCACCGCCCUACGAUACAUACCCACGGCCUCCCUCUAUGAGUUGUGCCAGUCCUUACGUGGAAGCAAAACACAGCCGGCUCUCGUCCACUGAGACCUCCCAGUCACAGUCCUCCCAUGAGGAGUUUCGACAGGAAGUGACCGGGAGCAGUGCGGUGUCCCCCAUUCGCAAGACAGCCAGUCAGCGCCGCUCCUGGCAGGAUUUAAUCGAGACGCCCCUGACAAGCUCAGGAUUACACUAUCUUCAGACUCUGCCCCUGGAGGAUUCUGUCUUCUCUGACUCCGCGGCCAUCUCCCCAGAGCACAGGCGACAGUCCACUCUUCCAACUCAGAAGUGCCACCUACAGGAUCACUAUGGGCCGUACCCCUUGGCCGAGAGCGAGAGGAUGCAAGUGUUAAAUGGAAAUGGGGGCAAGCCUCGAAGUUUUACUCUGCCUCGAGAUAGCGGGUUCAACCACUGCUGUCUGAACGCACCGGUUAGUGCCUGUGACCCGCAGGAUGACGUGCAGCCCACAGAGGUGGAGGAAGAGGAGGAGGAGGAGGAGGAGGAAGGGGAGGCGGCAGGGGAAAACAUAGGAGACAAAAGUGAAAGUAGGGAAGAAAAGUUAGGAGAUUCAUUGCAAGAUUUAUACAGGGCAUUGGAGCAAGCCAGUCUGUCACCGCUGGGAGAACACCGCAUUUCAACCAAGAUGGAAUACAAGCUUUCAUUUAUAAAGAGAUGUAAUGACCCUGUGAUGAAUGACAAACUACACAGGCUGAGAAUUCUCAAAAGCACUUUAAAGGCCAGAGAAGGGGAAGUAGCCAUUAUUGAUAAAGUCCUAGACAAUCCAGACUUGACAUCUAAAGAAUUCCAACAAUGGAAGCAGAUGUACCUGGAUCUUUUCUUGGAUAUCUGUCAAAACACCACCUCAAAUGACCCAUUAAGUAUUUCUUCUGAAGUAGAUGCAAUCACUUCCUCUCUCACACACACUCACUCGUACAUUGAAACACAUGUGUAAGUGUAUUCUGCCCUCUGGCCAUCUGGUACCUUCUGGCACUUUGAACAAGUGU